AUGGAAUUCUCGUGGGUCACAAUUACGUGGAUGUUGGUGACAGUUUCAGUUUUGGAUCAGAGGGUAGCUUCCAACGAAAUCUUGGGCUUGAAACUUCCCAACAUAGAGCCCAUUCUGAACGCCAACACGGUCUGUCUGACGUUGCCUGGUUUGACUCGGCGCCAGCUCGAGGUGUGCAUGAGAAAUCCGGAUGUGACGGCGUCGGCGAUUCAGGGGAUUCAAAUAGCCAUCCACGAGUGCCAGCAUCAGUUCAGAGGACACCGCUGGAACUGCUCCAGCCUGGAGACGAGGAACAAAAUACCUUACGACAGCAUAGUCUUCAAGAGAGGUUUCAAAGAGAGCGCAUUCGCCUACGCCAUCGCCGCGGCCGGAGUGGUCCAUGCCGUGGCCAACGCCUGCUCCAUGGGGAAGCUGAAGGCCUGUGGCUGCGACGCCAAACGCCGCGGGGACGAAGAGGCUUUCCGGCUCAAACUGCACCGGCUGCAGAUCGAGGCCAUCCACCGGGGGAAGGGCAUGGUGCACGGGGUCAUGGAGCACUUCCCCGCCGAGCUGCCCAGCGCCCAGGACUCGUGGGAGUGGGGCGGAUGCAGUCCCGACGUGGAGUUUGGAGAGAAGUUUUCCAGAGACUUCCUGGACUCGCGGGAGACGUACAAAGAUAUCCACGCCAGGAUGAGGCUCCAUAACAACAAAGUGGGCAGACAGGUCGUUUUGAACCACAUGCGACGGAAGUGCAAGUGCCACGGGACGUCCGGCAGCUGCCAACUCAAGACGUGCUGGCAGGUCACCCCGGAGUUCCGAGUGGUGGGCUCCAUCUUGAAACAACGCUUCGACUACGCCACGCUCAUCAAAGCCCACAACCGCAACACGGGCCAGCUGGACCACGGUAACAACAACCACAAUGGCAACAACGGACACGACUUCCAUCACAGCGGCAAUAACCACAACCACCACCACCACCACCACCACAACAGCCACAGGCACCACCACCACCACCACCGCCGGCGACCCAGCUCCAACGAACUGGUUUACUUCGAGAAGAGCCCAGAUUUCUGCGAGAGGGACUUAAGUUCAGACUCGGCCGGGACUUUUGGUCGCAUUUGCAACAAGACCAGCCCGGGAAUGGACAACUGCGAGAGUCUGUGUUGCGGGAGGGGGCAUAACAUCCUCCAGCAAACGCGAAGCGAACGAUGCAAUUGCAAGUUCCACUGGUGUUGCUAUGUCGUGUGCGAAGAAUGUCGAAUAACAGAAUGGGUCAGCGUCUGUAAAUGA